AUGCUGCGUCUCCUUCUUUCCAUGGUAGUUCUGCUCACACAGCCCCUGAGGUACCUGGGAGCAGAAAUGAAGACCUUCUCACAGAGACCUGUAACCAAUGCCUGCACCUUGAUCAUGUGUAACUCAGUAGAGAAUGGCCUUCCUGGUCGUGAUGGACGGGAUGGGAGAGAGGGCCCUCAGGGCGAGAAGGGUGAUACAGGAUCACCUGGAGCUGUAGGGCUAGCAGGGAUGCCUGGACCAGCUGGCCCUGUUGGGCCUAAAGGGGACAAUGGCUCUGCUGGAGACCCAGGACCAAAAGGAGACUCUGGACCAAGUGGACCUCCAGGACUUCCAGGUAUGCCUGGUCCAGCUGGAAAAGAAGGUCCCUCUGGAAAGCAGGGGAACAUAGGACCUCAAGGCAGACCAGGACCAAAGGGAGAGGCUGGACCCAAAGGAGAAGUAGGUGCCCCAGGCAUGGAGGGCUCUGCAGGGCCAAGAGGACCCACAGGAUCUAAAGGAGACAGAGGUAUCCCUGGUGAGCGUGGAGCUCCUGGAAAUGCUGGGGCAGCAGGGCCUGCUGGAGCUGUGGGUCCACAGGGAGCCCCAGGUGCCAGGGGUCCCCCAGGACUAAAGGGAGACAGAGGUACUCCUGGAGACAGAGGAGCCAAGGGUGAAAGUGGGCUUCCAGACAUCACUGCUCUGAAGCAGCAGGUGGAGGCCUUACAGAGACAGCUGCAAAAUCUCCAGGCUUCCUUCUCUCACUAUAAGAAAGCCGAGCUCUUUCCUAAUGGCCGAAGUGUUGGGGACAAGAUCUUCAAGACAGAAGGCUCUGUAAAACCUUUCCAGGGUGCACAGGAGCUGUGCAUGCAGGCUGGUGGACAGUUGGCUUCCCCACGUUCUGCAACUGAGAAUGCUGCCCUACAGCAGCUGAUCAUAGCCCAGAAUAAGGCUGCUUUCCUGAGCAUGACAGACAACGACACGGAGGGCAAGUUCACCUACCCCACAGGGGAGCCCUUGGUCUAUUCCAACUGGGUCCCAGGGGAGCCCAACAACAAUGGUGGGGCAGAGAACUGUGUGGAGAUCUUAACAAAUGGCAAAUGGAAUGACAAAGUUUGCAGUGAGCAGCGCCUUGUGGUCUGUGAGUUCUGA